CCGUUACCUGACGAGCCACCACAAGUUGAGAAAGCCUCAACUCCGGUGCCAUCACCGCUUGAGCCACAACCUCAGUCACCAGAGUCGCCAGAACAUGAGCAGCCACAGCAGCCUGACUCUGAUGGUCUUAUGGGUGGUAUCGAAGAGCCAAUGAAGUUGCGUAUAAUAAGCAUGGAUACUGCUCGUACGGCUGAUACUGCUGCUGCUGUUACUGAUUCUUCUUCUAUUGCGCCUAUGCCUUCAUCUCAAACACCAUCUUGUGGCGUAGCUGAUGCUGAGCUUUUCGCUUCGGAGGAUUAUCACAUCGAACAUGAUACCGCCGCCACUGAUGUGACACAGAGUUCGGUGAGGAAUUCGUUCGCAUUUUGUUUUGUUUUCAGAUCUCAGGAAAAUAGGUUCGAGACACUCGACAGAUUGGCAGUUUAA